GCGCCGGCGUAUCCAUAAUAAUCCGGUAUAGAUGUAUACUGGUAUAGUGUACACUGCGCCUGUCCCUCCGCGUCGUCGGGCGAAUAUUGAUCGGCGGACAGCUCCCCCGCCGCCGAACUCGACGCGCUCGGCCAGUCAGUGGUGUUUUUUCCAGCAGCCGCGACGCUCCGGGCUCCGCUCGACAUAGCCUCGUCCGCGCGACUCAAGCAUCCAGACGACGACGACGGCGAUGACGGCCUGACGGCGGGAGGAGCGAGGACGCCGCGCAGCCGAGCCGUGGACAAGAGCGACAGGCAGAAGAGCGCGCGAGUCUGGCCGAGUGAAAGCGAGGGGAGCCGAGAUUGUCCGCUGACAGCUCGAGGAGGCUGCUCCGGUCCCUCGAGUCGACGAGGCCGACGAGGAGAGUAGCGCGCGAGUACCACACCUAGCUCGCGCCGGUUCCAUGUUGCGCGCUGCACGCUCGGCCGAAGAGGAGGAGGAAGGCGGAGAAGAAUAAAGCGGCUGUGUAAAACGCAUCGAUCGCUGGGAACUCGUCCUCGCUCCGGAUUCCGCAGUCCCGCCGCUACAGGACCGUAUCUCGAAUGCGAAAGGAGCUCCUCCGGCCGCGGAGCAGUGCAUCAGCAUGAGUCUGCUGUCGUCGUCCAUCGGCAGGGUUCGCUGUCUCGCGGACGAGGAGGCCGAUCACAACAUGCUUCAGGAUCUCCAGCUGGCUGCGGAGCUCGGCAAGACGCUGCUGGAGCGCAACAAGGAGCUCGAGAAUUGCAUAAAGAUCCACCAGUGCACGAUCGACGAUCAGGCGCAGGAGAUAGAGUAUAUGAAAAAGCAGACCGCCGCUCUGAGAGAGGUCAACGAUUCUCGGCUGAAGAUCUACGAGCAGCUGGAAGUCAGCAUCCAGGACCUCGAGCGGGCCAAUCACAGGCUGGCUCUCGAGAACGCCAACGACAAGAAGCAGAUAAAGAGUCAGUGCUCGACGAUCGACACACUCGAGGCUCGCGUCGACGAGCUGCAGAAGAAGUGCGACGACCUGAACAAACGGCAGGAGGCUCUGCUGCGCGAGCAGCAGGCGCGGAACGAGCUCUCCGUCGCCAAAGCGAGCGCCGCCCCGAGCGCGCAGGUCAACCUCGCGAGGACGGCUCCCACGCGCGAUGGCAGCACGCAAAAUAUGGCUGUGUCACCGAGGAGAAUCAGUCCGGAUAUGCAGGAGGCCCAGGUCCAGCAGCCGGCGACGGCGAUGGCCAGCGAGGAGGACGUGACGAAGCUGCUGCAGCAGCUGCAGGAGGCGCGAUCCCAGAGGGCCCGCGAGCAGAGGAAGGUGGCCGAGCUCAGCGAGCAGAUGGACGCCAUCCUGCAGGAGCACGCGCACAUGGAGGAGCAGCUCGGCCACUGGAAGUCCAAGGCCGAGGACAUGAAGAAUCUCCAGGACGAGAUCAACACGCUCGAGGAAGUGAGACAGGGCCACCUGUGCGGCCGCUGCCUGCGCGGCACCGACUCCCGCGCCCAGGACGAGCUCUCGGUCAUGCUGGACCAGGAGGACGACGAGGUCAGUCUCGCCGAGUCGUUCGCCGAAUCGCUCCGCGACGUCGACAGCACACUCCAGGAACUCAGCAGCAAAUCCGAGCUCGUCGAGGAGGAGAGCGGAAAUCCGUACCGGGUGUUAGUGGAGAAGUACGAGGCUCUGCUGAAGGUCCAGCAGCACCUGGCCUGCCAGCGGCGCAAGCCCAGCAGCGCGUCGGCAGCGGCCCCGGGCCCGGCUGCCCCCGCGGUGGCGGCGGCGGUGGCGGCGGCGGCGGCCAUGUCCCUGCAGGAGGAGCUGCAGAUGUCCGGCGAGUUCGGCGCGUUCAGCAGCGGCCACGAGGCGCAGAGGGCGCGCCGCCCGAGGAAGCCCUUCGCCGGCACGCCGACCGACUUCUCCGAGGCGGAGACCACCUCCUCCUCGGGCUUCAGCGACGAGACGAGCAACAAGGCCACGCAGACCGAGGGCCGGCCCGGCUCCUUCCUCUGCUCCAUCGCCGACGGCGAGGACUGCAAGUUCAGCAUCUACGACGACAGCAGCACCUUUGACGGCCGCUUCCACCAGACGCCCGAGUACCGCAAGCUCUUCAGCGAGAUCUUCGAGGUUCUGAAGCGCGCGGCCGUCGCCAAGGACGAGGGCACCCAGCUACCCCUCCUCGGCGACGACUCGCCGACCUCGGCCAGCGGGCUGCUCACCCCCAAGGCCGGGAACUGCGACGGCUCGAUGCUCUCGGUCCUCGAGGACGCGCCGAGCGAGAUGACCGACGACACGCGCAGCAUCGUCUCCCUAGCCGUUUCCGAGCCCGUCUUUCGCGUGCACACGCCCGUCCUCGUGGCUCCAUCGCGCAAGCAGCAUCAGGAGGAGGCCUGCCGAAACGGCGGCGGCGACCACUGCCACGACGCGACGCGGGCCACGCCGGAGGGCAGGAAGCCGGCGCCCCUGCACGGCAACACGAGGCGACAGCCCCUCGAGUACCUCUCGGUUCAGGUGCGCAAGAAGACCUCGGCCAAGAAGUCGCGGCGCCUCCAGUCCGGCGGCGAGACGUCGCCCGGCGCAGCGGCCGACGUCAUCCCGACGCCGAACCCUCGCGUCGUCCAGCUCAGGUCUGGGAGCCGGCGCCGCUUUCGGCCGCUCCAGGCCUCCGACGUGACGGACGGAUUCGUCUGGAACGGCAACACGACGCACUUCUACCCGAGCAAGUCGCCGCGCGCUCGACAGCAGCAGCAGCAGCAGCAGCAGCACCCGGGCUCCGCGACGGAAGCCGGGACCGAAAGCUACAAGCGCGGCACCGCUUCGGAAGAGGUCGCCAAGCUCCGCAGACUCGAGAUGUCGUACGCGGAGGUACUGCGCAUGCCAAAUAAGUCGAAAGGGAGCGGCGGCGACGGCGGAUCGAGGCACCGCAAGAACGACUAUCAUCAAUGAGUGAACAACUGAUGAUCCGAGGCGCCUCUCUCUCUCUCUCUCUCUCUCUCUCUCUCUCUCUCUCUCUCGAGUCGAGUAUGCGAUGCAAACUGUAGCUGCAGUAUACUCCCUAUUCUCUCGUCAUCCGUCGCCAGCUAUCCAUCCUCUUCUCUCAACUUGCCCGCACCUAACCUUAUACUUACUUUGCGAGCGUAAACGAGAGAUUAUAUUGUUCGAACGAGAGUUGCGGGAGUCUGAUUCAGUAUUGACGGCUCGCUCGCCAUUCAGGAAUCCCGCUUUGUAAAUACAGAUACCUGCUGCUGAGUUCGAAUCUGGUAGUCUUUUAGUAUUUAACGAGAAAAAGUGGUGUAUAACGAUAAAUUUUUAGAUAUAUUUUGUAUCUUGUAUGUCUUUUAUUCCCGAGGACGUGUAUAUGCUCCGUCGGCAGUAAGGUGGAUGAGAAUCAUUGUAAUUUGUAAUCGUCAAAAUUUGCACACGCGCGCGCGCGCGCUCACACACACUUACCUAUGUAUUUAUAUAUAAUAUACAUUUGUCUAUACUGAAAACCUUCGAAGAUCAUUGGAGUUUAUGUUUCGAGUGACGUUUUAUGGGACACAACGCGCGCGACAGAGAUUACGGGGAGAACUUUAAAUUACUUAUGUGCCAUUAAAUAUUUAUAAAUUACAAUCAAGUUCAUAUGAUCUUACUUACAUACGAUUAUUGCUCGUUGGAUUGUGUAUUUGUAGGUCUUUGCCUAAUUCGUCAAGUAGAGCGCAUGUAGACUUUAGCUUUUGUAUUCUACAGGUACGGACUACAAUGUUGUGAUUGUCUUCAACAAAAUUAAUAUUUACACACGCACACACACACACACACACGCAUACAUACAUAUAAUAAACAUACAUAAAAAUGAAAAACACAAGUAAAUAAACUCUUUACCAGAAAGCUGCAACAUUAAA